AUGGUGAAAAAGCCCAGCGAGAUGCAAAAAGGCGAGGACAAGAGCAGCGAGUGCGGCGAGGACGACAAGAGCGGUAAGUACAGCGAGCACUGCAAGGACGACGAGGACGGCACGGACAGCGAGGACAGCGGACACAGUGAGAUCAGCGCCGGCGACGACAACGACCCGGAGAUGAGCAGCAGCCAGCACACCUACGGCUACCAGGAAUGA